AUGUCGCUGCACGCGCCCAUCACGAAGAUGAUGGCCAUCGCCAUCGUGUUCCCUCUCAUCGGCCUCCUCGCCUUGGCCCACGCAGAGAGUCAUGUGCUCCCCGCUCGAUUUCGCCGCGACGUCCCGUCUGCUCCGCCGAGAAACCCGACGACCACGCCCACACCUGGUGGCGCGUUUGCCGUUUCGUGGGAGGCCCCUGACCCCGGCACGACCAACGGCGCCAUCGCCGGCUACGUGAUCCGCAUACGCUCCACGGCUCCGCAGCCCCCGACGUGGGCCUACGGCAACGCCAUCCUCGACGCCACGGACGUGGAGGUGUCCUCGAGCACCUUCUCCUACACCCUGGCCGACGAGCUCUCGUUCCCGUUCUCUGGCUACGAUGUCGGCGUCGCCGUCAAGAACGCCGAGGGCUUUGGCCCCUUUGCCAUGCUCUCCGUCGACCCGCCAAACAGUAUCCCCUCCGGCCAGCCGCGCUCCGUGUCCACGUCCCUCCCACCUGUGGACGCGAUGACUUACCCGCCAGACGCAGACGAGAUCAUCGUGCAGUGGACCGUGCCUGCAGGCAUCUGGUUCCGCAACGCGCCCGCCAUCGGCUUUGACCUCGUGGCCACACCCGUGCCGGGCAGCACCACGAACGAAGUGGUGACCGUCCGCUUCCCCAAGCAGUGGCAGGACGGUGACUCGCCCGACGAGCAGCUCACGGCCUCCAUCACGGGCCUCACCCCAAAUACGGAGUACGUCGUGCUCGUGUACACGAUUGGGCUGGACGGCGACCGCAGCACCGCUUCCUUCAUGACCACGGACAAAACGCGCCCACACCUGCCCACGGUGGCACCGGCGGGCCUCAGCGUGGACGACACCUCUGCCACCGCCUUCAACCUCUCCUGGGACGCAAUGAGUGCCAGCACACCGGGCAGCAACGGCGACAUUGUUGGCUACCGCAUCUACCACGUGCCCACGGCUGAUCGCGGCUGCACCAACCUGGCCUGCCCACCGCCAUCUCCCUGCCAGGAGGACCCGCGCUGCGAGUUUGGCGUGUGCACGUACACCAACAAGCCCGACAACAUCACGUGCGAUGAUGGUAACGCCCACACCGUUCGUGACCACUGCGUUGCCGGCACAUGUGUUGGCGACCUCGUCAACCAGCACAUCGAUCAGCAGCCUGUGCACCGCCACAUUCACAUGAACACGCGCAGCCAUGGCGGAGGAUACAUGCCUCGACUCGGCGAGUUUUGUGGCGCCAGCAUCUACCGAUAUGCGCAGGAUGGUACAUACAAGACGGCGUUCACGGCCGCGGGAUCAACGAACAAUAUGAUGCAGCUGUGGGGCGAGCCCGACUCGUUGUACUACUACACGGCCAACUGGGGCAGUCAGUACUGCAGGAAGCUUGGCCCUUAUCCCAGCAGCAGCGUCGUGUGGACGUACACCCCGUUCCCUGCCACCACCGUCGGCGGCAUCGCAACAGACAGCAACUACGCCUACUGCAUCCAGAAUGGGCAAGCGACAGUUCACGUGUUGGACAAGAUGACCGGCUCGCUCGUCCGCACGUUUGACCUGACUGGCGGCAGCAUCGGCACGCUCCAUGGCGCCUUUGCAGUUGUCAACGACAAGAUCUACUACGGCACGGGACAGUACUUCUACCGCCACAACCUGGCGGACGGCAAACAUGAUGGCUUCAGGUUCCAAACCAUUCAGACCAUCAACAACAUGGCGUUCACGGGCCAAGACUUGUGCAUCAGCCCCAACAGCGAUAACGUGUAUUGCUAUCAGGUCAUCUCACACAACAUCUGGAAGCCCGACGAUGGCGCACAUCUGCUGGACACCGUCAACACAUACGCAACAAUCUCAUUCGACUCCCGCUCCUACGCCGGCGGUUUUGCGCCCAUGCACCGAGAAUACUGGUACCCCUACUGGUCAGGUUCAACCAUCUACCGGUACACGUGGAAGGGCUACUACAUUGGCGCGUUCAAUGCUGUGAAUGGUGUUGGAAGCAUCCGCCAGCUGUGGGGAUCGCCCGACUCGCCCCACUACUACCUGGCUGCCAGCAACUACAUCUACAAGGCCACGUGGCCGCAGAACCAGCUGGUGUGGUCCUACAACCUUGGCACGACUGCUGGCGGUGUCACCACGCACGGCGACAGCGUGUAUGCUAUGCGAGCAACGACCAACCUCGUGUAUGUGCUGCGCGCGACGGAUGGCGAGCUGCAGCGCACGUUCAACCUGGACUCGUCGAGCGGCGAUAACUUCUCCAACAUGUUCGGUGGCUUGGUUGCUGUCAAGGGCAGGCUGUUCCGUGGCGGCAGAGACAACGCCAGGUUCUACAGGUACGACCUGGAGACAGGGACGUAUGACGGCAUGUACUUCAGCGUGGCGACGAGCAUCUACAGCUGCUCUUUCAACGGGCAAGACAUCUGCGUGAGUGGUGGGGAUCCACCCCACAACGUCUUCUACGACACGGACCGCGGCAGCCCACCGCUUAUUGCCGGCUCAAAGAUCCUCAACAAGGACAUGAACGCACAGCUCUCCGACCUGCUGCCGUCGCACUACUUUGCCCGCUGCUACUCCGGCACUGCCGAUGGCUGGAGCUCAUCGACCUUCCACAGCCGCUGCGACAAUAAGGGCCCAACACUCACCAUUGGCCGCAACCGAGACACGGGCCGUGUGUUUGGCGGCUUCACUCACAUUCCUUGGACAACCAGCUCAGGGUACCGCACCGACUACGCCGCGUUCCUUUUCCGUUUCAACGGCGAUCAAGUUGAGCGCACGGAUCAGGAUCUCUCAUCUCCCGGCAACGCCGUGUACCACACGAGCUCCUACUGCCCGACAUUCGGCGGUGGCCACGACCUUCGUUUCUACUCCAACUGCGAGCGCGUGACGGCGAACCCCAACAGCUAUCGAAUCGACACCGGAGGUUACUCCAACUCCUGGGCUGGCGGCACAAACGACUUUUACGUCGAUGAAAUGGAGGUGUUCUACCUGACCGAGGACUCGUUUGACCCGUGCGAUGGCGUUGUGUGCCCAACGAACACGUGCACCCCCACCAACGUGCAGGCGUACACCAGCAUUGGCGGCGGUCCGCUCAGCGAUGCCGUUCACGGCACCACACUCGAGGCGCCACCAUCGUCUGGCCCUGUGGACGUCGCCGGCACAGCACUGUCUGAUUCGAAGAUUAAGCUCACAUGGAACGCACCAGCCAACCCGACACACAACGGCCGCCUUCUUGGCUACGAGGUGUACAUUGCCUCUGCUGGUGGCCCGGCCGCGUUUGUGACGAGCCUCAACUACUACACCUUCACCGUCACGGGCCUGCUGCCCUACACAGACUACACCUUCUACCUGACCACGUUCAACGGUGCCGGUGCGUCACCGCCAUCCGCGAGCAUCACUGUGCGAACACAGGAGGCACCGCCCGGCCCACCGUCCAACGUGCAGGCUGAUGAGGAGCUCUCUGACAAUGGCGAGGUGAUCACCAUCAGCUGGCAGCCGCCACACGAACCCAACGGCGUCGUCACCCAGUACACCGUCUACUACCAGAAGCUUGGUGGCACGUGGCAGUCCAUGACCACGUCCAGCGGCAGUGUGCGGUCCGUUGAGAUUGAUGGCCUGGAUCCCAUCUCCACCUAUGUGGUGCAGGUGUCUGCGUGGACGUCAGUUGGCGAGGGCCAGCGCAGCAACACCAUCGCGCCCACCACCGGUCAAGGCAUUCCCCGCACGCCGCCCGACAACGUCGGCGCCAACGCGCUCAACAAGACGGCCAUCAAGGUGACGUAUGACCUGCCGCCGUCGGAUGAGGGCGAAGUCGUCGAGUACAGCAUCUACUACACACCAGAGCCACUUCCCUCCUCAUGUGAGGAAAUCAGCUGUCACGCUCGCGACACCUGCCACGAUGUUGGCGAAUGCAUCCACGAUCCAUUCUAUGGCCCAAUGUGCACCGCUCCGGCCAAGCGCGAUGGCACCGAGUGCGACGACGGCGACGACAGCACUGGCUUUGACACGUGCGUGAUGGGGCAGUGUCGCAGCGUGCCGCGGCCCCAGCCCGUGUCUCCAGUCACGUCGACGUUCAGCGGCACGUGGUCGACACGCAGUUACGGCAUGGCAUACAACCCGCGCCGCAACGAGUGGUGGUUCCCCGAGUACACAUCUUCGUCCACAGGCACGGUCGUUUACCGGUACUCUGCCGACGAUCUGACGACGCUCGUUGGCCGCUUCCGCAUCCAGCAGCGCCGAUACCUGAUGCAAAUAUGGGUGCACGUGGAUGAAACGUACCUGCUCAACACCUACACGGACAACUACGUCUACCGCUACGGCCCCUUCCCUCUCGUGACGCAACUUUGGGCGUACAACUUUGGCACGACCGUUGGCGGUGUGUCGCUGCACGAUGGUGUCGUGUAUGCCAUGCAGAGCGGCAGCUACAACAUCCGCGUCCUCGACUGGGAGACGGGCCAACUCCAGCGCUCUUUCUCGCUGAGCGGCUCGCCUCAAGGGUUCUCGAACAUCUACGGCACAUUUGCAGUCGUGAGCAACAAGAUCUUCGUCGGCGACUACAACGACAACGACAUGUACCGAUUUGAUCUUCAAACGUAUCAGUACGACAACGUGCAUUGGACGGCCUCGUACCAGACACAAAAGCUUGGCUUUGACGGCCAGCAUCUCUGCAUCGCUUCAGGGGAUCCUGUCGAAUGCUGGAGAAUUGUGGACGAGAAUGUGUACGGCGACCGCACCGUCAUCUCUGCCAAUGCGCCGGCACAGGCCAUCAUGGGCUCCGAGAUCCUGACAAAGGACAUGAACCUGGCCAUCUCCAAGGAGGUGUCGCCCAACAGCGAUUCGAGCUUCAAGCUCUGCUUCCGCGCAUCAGACCACGGCUUCUCCGGCUCCACCUUCCACGCACGCUGCGACAACAAGGGCCAGACGGUUGUCGUUGUCCGUUCGACAGAGGGCAGCCCGCAGGGACCGCGCGUAUUUGGCGCCUUUGCUCCCAACAGCUGGCGCUCCGACACGUCCACGUAUCUCCGUGCCGAUGAUGCCUUCCUCUUCCGCUUUGUCAACAACGGCCAAUUCGAGCGCACAGAUCUCCUCAACUAUCCGGAGUACGCCCAGUACACGCGCCCAGACUACUGCCCUGAGUUCGGUAACUCUGAUUUCCGCAUGUCAACCGACUGUCGGUCUGGAUACACCAGCACGAAUGCUUACACUGUGCACCAGAGCAGCAGCACGUACAACAACGAGUGGUUGACUGGCUCCUACAACAGCUGGCAAGUGGACGACGUCGAGGUCUUCUACCGCGUCGACGAAUCCGCAGAUCCAUGCUUCGACGUGACAUGUGAUCCACCAAUGGGUCAGUGCAAACUGCCCGGUCGCUGCGUCAGCGGCGAGUGCGUCUAUGAUGUCGCCCCGAAUGGCACCCCAUGCAACGACGGCGACGAUGCGACGGUGUUUGACACGUGCCAGGACACCGUCUGCGUUGGCCGCCAUCCCGUCAUCACGGAGGACAACCAGCACACGUUCACUGGCCUCGACCCGUACACCACCUACGCCUUCCGUGUGGCUGCCCGCACCGUCCGCGGUCAGGGCCCGGCCUCUGACGCCGUGCGCGCUCGCACCCUCUCCGGCACCCCAACAGGUCCACCCCAGGAUGUGGUGGCGCGAGCGGCAGCAACGACCGUGUUGCACAUCACGUGGAAGCAGCCGCUGUUUGGCGAGCGCCACGGCACCAUCUCAUCGUACAAGCUGUGGGUGCAGCACCUGAACAGCAUGCGCCAACCAGCGGGCACACCCUGGACCAUCGUCACGGGCAACGACCUCACCAACUACAACCUCACAGACCUCGACGCAUACACAUACUACCAG